AUGAGCACCACGGUCAGGCAAUACUCCUCCUCCACCUCUCUCAAGGGCUUCGGCGGCCUGGGGGGAGGCUCCAGCAGGCAUUCGUCCUCCGUGCGAAUCGGGGGUGCAGGCUACAGAGCCCCCAGCGUGCACGGAGCCUCUGGCAGCUACUCCGUCUCGUCGCGCAUGGUGUCUGGGCUGGGUAGCAGCUAUGGGGGCAGCUACUGCGGCAGCGUCGGAGGCGGCCUCGGCGCCGGCUUUGGGGGCAGCUAUGGGGCCGGCUUUGGGGGAGGCUUUGGCGGCGGCUUUGGAAGUGGCUUUGGGGGCGGCGACGGCAUCCUGCCGGCUGGAGAAAAGGAGACCAUGCAGAACCUGAACGACCGCCUGGCCAACUACCUGGACAAGGUGCGUGCCCUGGAGGAGGCCAACACGGACCUGGAGGUGAAGAUCAGGGAGUGGUACAAGAAGCAAGGACCUGGUCCAGACCGAGACUACAGCCCCUACUACAAGACCAUUGAGGAGCUCAGGAACAAGAUUCUUUCUGCAACUGUUGAAAAUGCCAACAUUGUCCUGCAGAUCGACAAUGCCAGGCUGGCAGCUGAUGACUUCAGAACCAAGUUUGAGACGGAGCAGGCUCUGCGCAUGAGCGUGGAGGCUGACAUCAACGGCCUGAGGAGGGUCCUGGACGAGCUGACCCUGGCCAGAACUGACCUGGAGAUGCAGAUUGAGAACCUGAAGGAGGAGUUGGCCUACCUCAAGAAGAACCAUGAGGAGGAGAUGAACAUCCUGCGUGGGCAGGUGGGAGGAGAGAUCAGUGUGGAGAUGGACGCAGCUCCUGGGGUGGACCUGACCAAGAUCCUGGCGGAGAUGCGGGAGCAGUACGAGAGCCUGGCCGAGAAGAACCGCAGGGACGCCGAGCAGUGGUUCUUCAGCAAGACGGAGGAGCUGAACCGGGAGGUGGCCAUCAACACCGAGCAGCUGCAGAGCGGCAAGACGGAGAUCACGGAGCUGCGCCGCACCAUCCAGAGCCUGGAGAUCGACCUGCAGUCGCAGCUCAGCACGAAAGCGGCGCUGGAGGGCACCUUGGGCGACACCGAAGCUCGCUACGGCGCGCAGCUGGCACAGCUGCAGGGACUGAUCAGCGGUGUGGAGGAGCAGCUGGCAGAGCUGCGCUGCGACAUGGAGCGGCAGAACCAGGAGUACCGAAUGCUGCUGGACGUCAAGUGCCGGCUGGAGCAGGAGAUCUCCACCUACCGCCGGCUGCUGGAGGGCGAGGAUGCGCAGUGCGUGCAGGGCUGGCCUGGGGGCCCUGGCAGGGGGUGGGUGACAGACACAGAGUGCUGCCAGGGGACUCGCUCCAACCACAUGGUGACGUCCUCCCGCCAGGUCCGCACCAUCGUGGAGGAGGUGCAGGAUGGGAAGGUGGUGUCCUCCCGGGAGCAGGUUGCCCUCAACACACGCUAA